AUGCCUGAGCCUGAUUCUGAUGAGGAUGAGGAUGAGCCCAUUCCUGAUGCAACCAUACCUGAUGUUGUUGCGCUAGUGCAGCAGGAGCCUGUCACACAUCCCUAUCAUGACAUGUAUAUGCAAGAAUUUUGUAGGUUACAUGAAGACAAUAGGCGUUUGCAUUGUGACUAUUCUGAACUUUAUGACAGUGUUUGUGAGAUAAAUAUUGAUAUGGUGGAGUUUGGAGAAGAGUUCUAUACCUUUAGAGACAAUCAACAAGCACGCAACCAACAUGUAAAUUCCCUUGUGACCGACAUGCAUAGGUUGACACGGGUUUUGGAAGAAGAUAUGAAGAUUGUACAACCGCAAGCUGUUGAAGAGCAUGGAGAUAAGACUAAGAAGAAUGGGAUAUGCCUUACCGACGCAUGA